CGGGUUAUGAGGUUGAGGCGAUUGACAUAGAAGAUAAAGGAUUUCAAAAUACAAGAAAAAUGGAUUACUUAUUGAGUGAAAAGAAAGAUUAUAAAAAUUCCCUCCGAUUGCGACCGUUUCUACCGGAGGUUUUUCUGGCCAAAACCAUUGAAUUAUUUGGUAGAGAUGCCCCCAUUUUACUUUUCACUCCUUAUGGAAUGAGGUUUAACUUGACACCAAAAAGUCGACGACUUUUGAAAUUUGACGGGGGAAAAUAUCCAAAUAUAACAUUAGGAUUUUCCCAAACUGGCGAUUUAAUUAAGAAAAAUGAGAAAAAGCAAAGAGAUGGUAAUAUUUUAAACGCCAAAAAAUACUUUAUAAAAUUUUUUGAAGCGGAAAAUGAGUACCAAAUCCAAGAAAUUUAUGAUGUUAUAACAAAAAAUUUCUAUUUUGCGUUAGUAGAAAUUGAGUAUGAUGAUAAAGUUGAAGAACUUUUUACAGCUCUUAACAACACUGGGCUGAAUUUGAGUAAUGCCGACCUUUUAAAAAGUUUGUUAAUUAGGAAGGCAAAAACCGGGUCAGAAGAACAAGUGAUUCAAACUUGGGAAAAAGAGAUAGUAGAGAUCAUUACUGAGGCAAGGAAAAGACAAACUAUAAACCGAGAAAUGGAUAGAUUCUUAAUCGACUUUUGA